ACUGUACUUUACUGCCAGUGCUGUUCCGAGUGUAGGAUUUUUGAUAAUGAUAUACUACUAGUAUUUGACAGGUCUGUAUUAUCUAAUAUCCGCACCAUUGUGCCAACUGGAACCUUGGGGAGAGACGUCACAGUCUAUACAGGAAUAUAAAAGAAGCAAUAUUGAGAUUGAUUGCCAACAGAAUGGUAGUUGUGCAUUGUACUGAUCACAAAGUGCCUUGACUGAUUAUAACUUCAAAAGAAUUAAAAGACGAUGGCGGACGACGCGGCCGAAGAAAAAACGUGUGCAGAUAACGACCAGUGCAUGGAGGAAGGUGGCGCCACCGUCACUGCGAGAACUGAACCGAUGGACGUCGAUGGCAGAGUGGCCCCAGCAGCCGUGCGCGGCGUCGGAGGAGCUGAGACGGAGGAGGAGGUUGAAGGGGAGAGUGGGAAGGAGGGGGAGGAGGCAAACGAAUCCAUCAUGCAGCCGCUCACCGAGGAGUCUGAAAACAAUCGCGCGACGCUCGAUGACGCGGUUGCCAUGCCGACGAACUGCGAGAAGCUGCGCAAAGACGACAGCGGCAUCUGCGUCGUGGACAAGAGCGUGAGGGAUGGCGCAGGAUCCGACGACGACGCGGCGGCCGGGAAGACUUCCGAGAAUCCUGGAGAGACGGGCGGGGAUGAGGACGAGCGGGAGGCCAGCGUGAUGAUGAGCGUGGAACCGGCGCUAGGACAGAAGGACGAGGCGGCGGUGGGGUCGCCGGAGCGUGACACGGAACUGAGACAUGACGACAGUCAGAGCAGCAUCAGCAGCCGUGAUCACACGGAUGACAACAGCGAGGACGACGACGACGACGAGGAACGCGAACUCGCGAUCGCCGCCGGCAGCAGCAGUGACGAGGACGUCGCCGUCAACCUGGAGGCCGGUGGCGCCCCCAAGCACAGGUGGUUCGCCUACAGGGAGCUGACGCAGCGAGAGUACGGCUUCGGACAUCGCUACUCUCCGCAGCUCUGGGGUCACCGGUACGGAGGCAGCUUGCACGUUGUGCAGCGCUUUGAGCUCAUGUACAAGCUGGACAACCAUCGCGGAUGCGUGAACACUGUUCACUUCAACUCGUCCGGUAACUGGCUUGCCAGCGGCUCUGACGACCUCAACAUCAUCAUCUGGGACUGGGCGAGCAAUCGGCCCGUCGUCACCUACGAUAGCGGCCACAGGAACAACGUCUUCCAAGCGAAGUUUCUGCCGUUCCGUAACGACACGCACAUUGUGAGCUGCGCGCGGGAUGGGGUCGUGCGCAUAGCUGAGCUGUCAUCGAGCGGAGACUGCCGCACGACGCGGCGUCUCGCGUCCCACCGCGGCGCCGCCCACAAGCUGUCGUUGGAGCCUGAUUCUCCGCAUGUGUUUCUCAGCGCGGGAGAGGACGGGGUCAUAUUUGAGAUUGAUGUCAGACAGAAUGAGAAGCCAAACAGACUGCUGACGUGUAAGGAAAACAACAAGAAAGUUGCACUGUACACGAUACAUAGCAAUCCAGGCAAGCCGUAUGAGUUUGCCACCGGUGGCAGGGAUCAGUAUGCCAGGAUCUACGACAAGAGGAAAAUAACGAGUGAUAGCAGCGUGCUAAACAAGUACUGUCCCCACCAUCUGCUGGGAGCCGAAACGAGAGCCAACAUAACGUGUCUAGUCUAUAACUAUAAUGGAUCGGAAUUGCUGGUGAGCUACAAUGAUGAAGAUAUCUAUACGUUUGAUACGAGUCAUUCAACAGAUGCAGAGCACCAGCAUAGAUACCAGGGACACAGAAACAGCGCUACAGUGAAGGGCGUGAACUACUACGGUCCUUGCAGUGAGUUCAUUGUUAGCGGCAGUGACUGCGGACAUGUGUUCCUCUGGGAUCACGAUACGGAGAGGAUAGUGAGCUUUCUUCGUGCGGACGAGGGAGGUGUGGUGAACUGCCUGGAGCCACACCCGCUCUACCCGGUGCUUGCGACGAGUGGCCUCGACAACGACAUAAAGGUCUGGGUGCCGUCACUAGAAGAAGCCAACCCAAUGUCGGAGCUUAAGUUGACAGUCGAACGGAAUCUGAAGCGACGUAAGCGCGACCAUCGCCUAGAGGGCAGCAGUGACUUCAUCGAUGGACAGAUGCUCUGGUUUCUGAUGCGACAGCUGAGGAGGCGGGCGAGGCGCCAGGCUGGGGUGGAGGAGGAAAGAGAAGUACAGGAGUCGUCAAGCAGUGACACCGUUGACAGCGAUGACAGUGAGGAGUCAGACAUGCCAGCUGCUGUGCAGUGCGCUCCUUCGUAAGCGCCUCCUAGUGUUUGCACACCUACUGCAGUGCAAUGCGCUCCGUCAUAAAAAUCCGCUAUCGUUCACGCUC